UGCACCAAAGAGCACUGCCUACACAAAUGCGCUCAGGUGAGCGUCUGUGAGUGUGUGUGUGCCAGAGAGCACUGGCUACAUGAAUGUACUCAGGUGAGUGUGUGCACCUGCCUGCAGGACUGGUGGGUGGACAGCUUGCAUAGCUCAGCCUCAUGUUCUCACAGUGAAGAGAGCUGUGAACUGUGCACCGCACCGUGGCUUCACCAAACUAGACUACUAAGCUGACUUGGGCAUCGUGAAUUAUUUUGAAAACCAUACAUCUCUGAACCAGCAUAGCCUGGUAACUCAGUGAUGAGUCAUUGCACAUGAAUUGCUGUUUUAGACCCCACCCAAAGUGGCAGUGAUCUCAAGAACAAAUCUCUGUGGUUGUGGUUAGUGUUUUGUGAUUUAUAUCAAAGGCUCUGCAUCUUAAAGUUAACAGGUAACCUAGGCAACGAUUUGCCUUUUGAGAAAGAGUCAUGAUAAGAUGAGAUUUUGAUGAAGCCCAAGCUUUCCAGAGCACGGCUAGUAUCAGGUACUAGGUUGUGUUUUUAUUCAUAUUCUGAUAUACUGAAGCUUGGCGUUUGCUUACUAAAUAGGAAGGAUGAUUGAAAUGAAACUUAAGUAUUAUAAAAUCAUGGGUUAGUGCCAAAGGACAAUCUUAUCGCUAGGUCAGUUAGGAUUUGGUUAGCAGUUGGAAACGUCUUACGCCCAGCAGGCUGUUUAAGGCACCUGAGGGGAGCUGUGUAUGUUCUCCGAUGGCCUGUCUUCUACAAGGCAAAAGUAUAGUUCAACCUUAAGAAAACCGGAAAGUAUAUUCAAGUCGAAUCUAACAUUUGAUGAUUGUGUUUUCAUUCUUAAUUCUAGAUAAUGCCAGACUUCCUGUAGGAACACACUCUGUUUUUGUUUAUAGUAUGGUUGUGGCUUAGUGUACAGUGAGUGGGCCAUCUCAAUAAAAGCUGUUCUGUUGUGUAUUAUGAGCAUAGAAGCCAUUAUUCUUGGUAACUUCUUGAUAGCCUCUAUAGCCUAUUUUGAAUACAGUUUAGGAAAUGCAUGUCUGAAGUCUUCACUGGGAAGGAGCUCUGUGAAAUUGGUGACAGCCACAGCCCUUCUUCAGGGAGAUGAGGGUAGGUCUGGGGGCAGAGGGCUGGAGAGGUGUCACAAGAGGAGACAGGACUGAGGAGGUGUGGCUUUGUAAGUUCUACUGGGAGUUUGGGCCUUUAAAGGCAGCGGGGAAACCACUAGACCUCAACAGUUAUAAUGCGUGGCGCCCCCACACCCAUUAUUUUGGAGCAAACCUGAAAUGUAUUGUUUCAUCAGUCAGUACUUGGGAAUCUAUCUCUAAAAGUUAAUGAUAUUAAAAAUAAUAACUAACCAAUAUACCGGUGUCACACCUUUAACAAAAAGGUAGUUUACGAUGACUCCUUAAUAAAGCAGAGUUUAAUCAAUGUUCCAAUUUCCCGUAUCUUCAUUUUUUUCUCUUUUUUUAGAAUCAAUUAUUUUGAAUCCACUCAAACAGCCUCCUCCUCACAUUACAUUUUGGUAAUUUGUCUCUUAAAUCUUGAUGUGUUUCUGAAAACUGGUAGUUAUUUAGAAGUUUGAUCAGUCUCAGGUUAUUUUGAUUGAUCGGCGUGAAUAUAUAACGGAUGGUCCUCCCUGCUCUGUUACAUGAGGGAGGUGCCUGACGUCUGGCUGCCUGUCUCCUUUGGUAGCAUUGAGGUUGGCCCUCGUCGUCAGCUGGACCCAUUUAUUGUAAAGUCUCGAUCUGCCUGUUGCCUCCUAGGUACAGCUGUUGAUGGUCGCAGCCUUCAUCUCUCUAAUCCGGGAGGAGAGCCAUUCCCAGGAGCUCUUCAGCAGGCUUCCCCUAAGGCCCCAUGAGACCCCAGGAGACGUUGCUUCCCGAGCCCUAGAUUCGGAAGAGUAGUAUCAAUCAGUCUUUCAGCCUCUGGUGAGAGGUGAAGUGUCCCACAGGAAGGAAAGGUGGAGAAGUGGCAUUGGUUCAAGUUACUCUUCAGAAGCUCUGGAUUUUGAGACUGAACACAGACUGGAUCCCGUCUUUGACUCUCCAAGAAUGUCCCGCCGUAGUCUGCGCCUGGCUACCCCAGCGUUCACCGCAGGGGAUGGUCCGGACACUGAGGGCCAUGCCUAUGCCAGGAACACUGCCUCCGUGAAGGACAGGGCGUCCAGAACAGUAAAACAGCACAGAAGUACAAGCAAACCAGCUUUUAAUAUAAAUCACAUGUCAAGAAAAGCGACGUCUUCAGCUGUCAGCCAGAGUAGCUGUCACAGCCUGCAGGGCAACAUGGCCCUCCGGCCCCCCGUGCUAGAUGAGUCUCUGAUCCGGGAGCAGACCAAGGUGGACCACUUCUGGGGUCUCGACGAUGACAGCGACCUUAAAGGUGGAAGUAAAGCUGCUCUUCAGGGAAAUGGUGACCUUGCCACAGUGGCAGACACCGCCACUGUCAACGGCUACACGUGCAGCAACUGUAGCCUGCUCUCAGAGCGCAAGGAUGUCCUCACUGCGCACCCCACCGCCCGUGGGCCCACCUCGAGAGUCUAUUCUCGGGACAGGAGUCAGAAGCGCGGUGCAUCUUUCUACGUGAAUAGGAUCUUGUGGCUGGCCAAAUGCACCUCGUCAUCUUUCUCAUCGUUCUUAAUUCAACUUUUCCAAGUGGUUUUAAUGAAGCUCAGUUACGAAUCAGAGAAUUACAAAUUGAAAAGUUAUGAAUCAAAAGAUUGGGAAUCAAAAAGCUAUAAGUCAAAAAGCCAUGAAUCUGAAGCUCACUCCGGGUGUGGUGGGAGGACGGAGGUGAACGAGCUGCUCAGAGAGGACACGCGCCUUGGUGUGAAUGGGGAGCCACUGUGUGAAGACUGUAAGGGGAAGAAGGAGCAUCUUGAAACACAUGCCUCCCUCCGCAUGCAGCUUUCACAGUCACAAAGGGUCACAGGGGCCGUGUGGCACGUCGUUUCUUAUGCAGGUCACGCGCUGGUGCAGGUGCUGCGCAGGACCGCUGCUGUGGGGUGGCUCGUGUCCUCAGCGGUGUGGUCGGCGCUCUGGCUGGCCAUUACUGCUCCAGGGAAGGCAGCCUCUGGAGUGUUCUGGUGGCUGGGGUUUGGAUGGUACCAGUUCGUUACUUUGAUGUCUUGGCUGAACGUGUUCCUUCUUACAAGGUGCCUUCGAAAUAUUUGCAAGUUUUUAGUCUUGCUCAUCCCACUGUUACUUUUACUAGGUGCAGGUCUUGCUUUCUGGGGCCAGGGCGAUUUUCUCUCAUUCCUGCCUGUGUUAAACUGGACAAACGUGUACAAAGCACAGAGGGCAGAUGACCCCAAGAGCAUACUCACACCUGAUGCUUCCCACCUGCACCUGCCACUGGAGGGUGACGGCAAGGAGGCUUUCCACUGGCACCGGCUGAGUGAGGUCGAGCAGCAGGUGACUGCGUUGUCCAGGAGGUGUCAGCUGCAUGAGGAGAAGCUCAGAGAGCUGACGCUGCUGCUCCAGAAGCUGCAGGUGCACGCGGACCAGGCAGACAGCGACCGAGACGGGGUUGUCUCACUGCUCCGGAGCCUGCAGACGCGUGCAGACCAGGCGGACGGCGACCGGGAGGGGAUGCUAAUGCUGCUGCACCAGCUGGUGGCGCAGCAAGCGAAGGAGGCCCCCUCAGAGGGUGUCCAGGGCGCUGAGACUGACUUCAUGACUUUCCACCAAGAACACGAAUUACGUCUCUCAAACUUGGAAGACAUGAUUGGAAAACUGGCAGAUAAAUCCGAGGUUAUCCAGAAGGAGUUAGAGCAGACCAAGUUGAGAACAACUAGCGGGACUGCUGAGGAGCAGCACCUCCUGUCCACUGUCAGGCAGCUGGAACUGCAACUGGAGCACCUGAAGUCGGAAUUGGCAGACUGGCGAAACCUGAAGACGAGCUGCGAGAAAGUAGAUACAAUACAUGAAAAGGUGGACACCCAAGUCAGAGAGACGAUCAGACUCAUGUUUUCCGAAGACCAGCAAGACAGUUCUCUUGAAUGGCUGCUGCAGAAGUUUUCCUCUCAGUUUGUAAGCAAGGGUGAUCUGCAGAUCUUACUGCGAGAUUUGGAGCUGCAGGUCCUGAAGAACAUCACCCACCACAUUUCUGUGACAAAGCAGGCCCCCACUUCCGCAGCAGUGGUGUCCGCCAUGCACGAGGCAGGGGUUCCCGGGAUCACGGAGGCGCAAGCACGCAUUAUUGUGAACAACGCUUUGAAGCUGUAUUCCCAGGAUAAAACCGGCAUGGUAGACUUUGCUCUGGAGUCUGGCGGCGGCAGCAUCUUGAGUACUCGCUGCUCUGAAACGUAUGAGACCAAGACGGCGCUGAUCAGCCUGUUCGGGAUCCCGCUGUGGUACUUCUCUCAGUCUCCUCGCGUGGUGAUUCAGCCUGACAUCUAUCCCGGUAACUGCUGGGCGUUUAAGGGUUCCCAGGGGUACCUGGUGGUGAGGCUGUCGAUGGCCAUCUACCCGACCACCUUCACUCUGGAGCACAUACCAAAGACGCUCUCGCCAACAGGCAACAUCAGCAGCGCACCCAAGGACUUCGCAGUAUAUGGAUUGGAAAGUGAAUAUCAAGAAGAAGGGCAGCUUCUGGGACAAUUUACAUAUGAUCAAGACGGGGAGUCACUCCAGAUGUUCCAUACACUGAAAAGACCUGAAAAAGCUUUCCAAAUUGUGGAACUUCGGAUCUUCUCUAACUGGGGCCAUCUGGAAUACACAUGUCUCUAUCGGUUCAGGGUUCACGGAGAUCCCAUCAAGUAGAGGCCCUGCUCACAUUCCUGUACGUUUGUAGAUACAGGACUGUCUGGAACACUGGAGCCCUCGAGGCCGAGGGCAUGUAUGGUCACAGGACACAGCCACCCCAAAUAAACGUUUCCAGACCUCCCACAAGGCCGGUCGUGGUCUAGUGCCCAGCUCGCUGUCGCAUCCACUUUGUGUCUGCGAUGCCUGUGUGUGAGAUGCUUUGUCCACAGAGCCCCUGGCGACAGCUGCCUCUGUGGACAUUCAUCCGACUGUAUGGUAUCAGAGACACUUAGUUUAUUCUGGGGAUUUGUUUUUGAAUGUAAAGCUCUUUAUAUUUGUAUUUUCUUGACAUCAGGAACAAAGCAAAUGAGGUUACAAGGUUUGAAGUGUUUUCAGAGCUUUGUUAUUUAGCCUUUCACUAGACCUUCUGAAGGACUUCGGAGGCCAGCUGUGUUCCAUCUGUUAAAUCCAACACACAUUUCUUUCAGGGAAAAACUGUCACCAAAUUUCAGAGCUCUAAGCACCUUUCCUUCGGGUGGGGCUUUUCCACUAUUCAGCACCUGUAGUUCUUUUAUACCACCAGGCGGGGGAUGACUAAAAUGUUUUUCUGCUUAGUUUGUGCUUACUUCUGAGAUGGAUUUUCAGAGUGAGGACUUGGUGUACUAGUAUCUGUCCAGAACAUGGGGAGCUCCAUCUUCACCGUAGCGUGAGGUGAGUCUGGUGUGAAGGGGGUGGUCUAGAUGGACACAAACAGCGUAAGCGAGGUCUCGGGUCCUGUUGGGGAUACCGUGGAGCUUUACUUCCAAGUACAGAUAGGAACAAAGAGUCUUAUCGUUUGGAUAUUUUCCAGGUUUGUUUUGAAAUUUGCUACAAAGGGAACACUAACGUGCUCUACAGUUUUUAAGGCUGAGUUUUUACUCCAUUGAUGGUUUUCAAAAGAGUAUUGCCCACUGUGGCAAAUGCAUGAAACCGUUCAGUUUAUAACUGUCCUUUUUCUUACAGCAGCAUUUUCUACUGGCUCUCAUUGGGAUCUGCCUCUCACUGUGGCUGCUGGCCACUCUUACCUGGUUCUUUUGAAACCCAUUUUGGUCAUGAUUCAUAUUUACCAUUUAGACUACUUUACUCAACAGACUUUAUAAAUGAGAUAUCUGCAAGGCACUUAAAAGUUUUUCAGAUGUUUUACCUUUAAAGUUAUUUAAGUUUUAUUGGGUUAAGACAGUUUUGAUGUACUGUAGAUGUUGUCUUUUCAGAAAAAGCGAAAAUGAUGGUGCUGACUGGUUUUCUGAACAGUUUUAUGUAUAUUGCACAACAGUCCUCAAAUAUGUAAGAAUCACAUAAAAUAGCAUUUUUUUCACUCUUCUCAGAAUUAGAAUUCAUGCCUAUGCAGUUAAGUUGGACAGAAUGUGUACAGAUGUUUCAUAUAUUACAGGUUAAAUCUAUAAAACAAAAUUUCCUAUAUAAAACUAAAUUUGGGGGUUGGGGUGAAACUAUUUUGAAUAUUAAUUUAUUUUUAAAGAUAGGACUUUGUGCAAUGUAUUUUUGUAAAUGCUUUUCAAAAUAUUUGUCUUUGGUAGUGUUUCUUUCGCUGCCACCAAACUGAUAAGAUGCUAUUAAGAUGUUUAAAUAAAGAGUUUUAAUUUUUAAAA